UAAUGUUUCGGAAAUUCGUACGUGUAUUCGAUUUGUUUGGCAUCAGAAAAAAAAAAUAAAGUGACACGUCCACCCACCCUGUCAAAGUACCACGGUUAAGUGUAUAUUGCGUGAAAAUUUUCAUGUUUUAACUAUUAAAAAUGCCGUUAAGAUUGGAAAUCAAGAGGAAGCUGACAGCGCGAUCUGAUCGCGUCAAGUGCGUCGACCAGCACCCAACAGAACCGUGGCUGCUUUGUUCGCUGUACAGCGGCGACGUCAAUAUAUGGAACUAUGAAACACAUACACAGAUCAAAAGAUUCGAGGUGUGCGACUUACCGGUGAGGGCUGCUAAAUUCGUGAUGCGGAAGAACUGGGUCGUGACAGGAUCUGACGAUAUGCAGAUCAGAGUGUUUAAUUACAAUACUCUAGAAAGGGUGCACAACUUUGAGGCUCACUCGGACUACAUAAGAUGCAUCAUCAUACAUCCCACACAGCCUUACAUACUGACAAGCAGCGACGAUCUCCUCAUCAAGCUGUGGAACUGGGACCGUAACUGGGCUUGCCAGCAAGUGUUCGAGGGCCACACCCAUUACGUGAUGCAAAUUGUUAUCAACCCUAAAGAUAACAAUACAUUUGCCAGCGCAAGUCUCGAUACCACUGUUAAGGUUUGGCAGCUCGGUUCAUCAAUCUCAAACUUCACAUUGGAAGGUCACGAGAAGGGUGUCAACUGUGUGGAUUACUACCACGGUGGUGAAAAGCCCUACCUCAUCAGCGGUGCCGAUGACCGUCUUGUCAAGAUAUGGGAUUACCAGAACAAGACAUGUGUUCAGACGCUAGAAAGUCACGCCCAGAAUGUCACAGCGGUUUCCUUCCACCCGGAACUUCCCAUCCUGCUUACGGGCUCCGAGGACGGCACCGUGAGGAUCUGGCACGCCGGGACAUACAGACUGGAAGCGGCCCUAAACUACGGCUUUGAAAGAGUAUGGACUUUAUCAUCACUCCACAGAUCCAACAAUGUGGCUAUCGGAUAUGACGAAGGUACCAUAAUGAUCAAAGUUGGAAGAGAAGAGCCCGCUAUAUCCAUGGAUGUGAACGGUGGGAAAAUAAUUUGGGCCAAGCAUUCUGAUAUGCAGCAAGUUAAUUUGAAAGCUCUACCCGAAGGUACAGAUAUAAAAGAUGGCGAACGGGUCCCAGUGGUUGCUAAAGAUAUGGGUUCCUGUGAGAUAUAUCCCCAGACGAUAGCCCACAAUCCAAACGGACGUUUCGUGGUUGUGUGCGGUGAUGGGGAAUACAUAAUAUACACAGCCAUGGCCUUGAGGAAUAAGGCCUUCGGAACAGCCCAGGAGUUUGUGUGGGCUUUGGAUAGCUCGGAGUACGCUACACUGGAGAAUUCUAGCACAGUGAAAGUCUUUAAGAACUUCAAGGAGAGGAAGAGCUUUAAACCUGAAUAUGGCGCUGAAGGUAUCUUCGGUGGAUUCAUGCUGGGCGUUAAGUCCAUCAGUGGCAUGGCCUUCUCGUUCUACGACUGGGAACAAUUGGAGCUCAUUAGACGUAUCGAGAUUCAGCCUCGUCAUGUUUUCUGGUCUGAGAGCGGAAGCCUAGUGUGUCUGGCCAGCGAGGAGGCCUACUACGUGCUGAAGUACAACGCUUCUGUCGUAGCUAAAUCCAGAGAAAAUAAUACUAACGUAACCGAGGACGGCAUCGAGGAUGCUUUCGAGGUUGUGGGUGAAGUAAAUGAGUCGGUGAAGACGGGCUUGUGGGUAGGCGACUGCUUCAUAUACACCAACUCGUUGAACAGAAUCAACUAUUACGUCGGCGGUGAGAUUGUGACCAUAGCGCACUUGGACCACACGAUGUAUAUCCUGGGAUACGUCGCUAAAGAAAACAGGCUGUACCUAAACGACAAGGAGUUGAACAUAGUGUCGUAUUCCCUCCUGCUGCCGGUUCUGGAGUAUCAGACGGCGGUGAUGAGAGGUGACUUCGAAACAGCUGAUCGCGUCCUGCCGACCAUACCUCACGAUCAUCGCACCAGGGUCGCACAUUUUCUCGAGAAACAGGGCUUCAAACAACAAGCUCUGGCUGUGUCAACGGAGCCCGAACACCAGUUCGAGCUGGCCCUGUCGCUGGGCGAGCUGAAGAAGGCCAGCCAGUUGGCAGAGGAGUCAGAUAAGGCCGAGGGCCGCGAGGACAACCAGCCCUCGAGGCCUUCAGCUGCCAGGUGGUCCAGAUUGGGAGCAGCAGCUGCAGCAGCUGCAGACACUGAUCUCACCAAGUUCUGCUACCAGAAGGCCCGCGACUACAGCGCCCUGCUACUAUUCUCCGUCAGCACUGGCGAUCGUGAGUUGCUGGAAGAGGUGGCUCAUAUGUCCGAUCUGGCCGGUGAAGAUAACAUAGCCUUCACAUCCUAUCUUACUCUGAAUGACCUGGACUCUUGUCUCGCGCUGCUUCUCAAACGAAACAAACUACCAGAGGCUGCGUUCUUCUGCAGGUCAUACUAUCCUUCAAUGAUGAGCGAUGUCCUCAAACGUUGGAGGGAUUCCGUCUCUAUGACCAAUCCCAAGUGCGGUCAGGCCUUGGCUGAUCCCAACAAAUACGACAACCUGUUCCCGGAAUACAUGGAUACCCUGGCGAUGGAGUUCUACCAGAAGCAUUUUGGUUAUCCGUACUACAAUCAGUUGGAGCAUAUCAAAGAGAACACUGAUUUAUGCAAUGUUGACCGAGACAUGGCUCACGAAAGGCUGGUCGCUAUCCACAUGGGCGCCUGGGACCCUAGGGUCAUAACCCCACCAUCCGGUGCUUCAGGUCUUUCCAGUCUACAGGACAGUCCGAGACGAGAUCCCAGAAAUCCAGAUAGUUCAGAUGAAGCUUCCUAUUCUGAUGAAAAGAUCAGACGUAGAGACUCCAUGGACAUCCUCGAAGAGAUUGAACGUGAGAUAGACAACAUUGUGCUGGACAACAACGAAGAGGAUCUGGAUUCGUCAGACGAGACCAUGUAUCUUGAAUAAUCUCUAAGUGUAUUUAGAAACUUAAUUUUAUAUAACUAUUUGAAUAUUACAAUCAUUACAUUGUAUUUAAUAAAAUGCUAACACAUUUAAGAUUAUUAUUAUAGUAUUAUGAACAUGCGGUAAUUAUUUUCUCUAUAUUUCCUCAUAAAUGUCAAUUUAUUAAGUUUGAAAUCCUGAACUGUGUUUUUCUUAACAUUAUUUUUAUGUAAUGUUUUUAGUGUCAUGUUCGUUUGGGUAAACAUAUUCGCACAAUCACAUACAAUUGGUUGACAAGUUUGUUUUUUUUUUUUUGUUGCUUCUAAGUUUGAACUUACGUGAGAAUGACGACUUAAAUAUUAUUUAGAGUUUAAUAUAGGAUUAUUUUCUUUUUGUUAGAUUUAAAUAGCAUCGUUAAAAUUUGAAUAUUGCAUUUUACCAUUCCAACAGUUCUGGACUCACUUGAACACAUUUUAAUACUUAAUAUAUGGUAAGUAUUACCUACAAUUAUUUGAACAUUCUAGAUUAGAUUUUCGAUUGUAAAAGUAUAUAAUAACCACUUAUCUAGAUGACUCAGAGUUGAAAUAUUUGCCAAAAAAAAACAAUCAUCUGUAGGGAACGUGAGGUAAGUUAUUUAAAACAUGAUAAUAAUUGUCGUAAAAUAAACUCAAUAUAAACAAA